UUGCGAUCCUACCCGACUUCUUCUAUUAUAUUACCCAGCUGAAAACACUUGUCGGAUCCAUUUCCAGGAUUCAUAGCUGUUCAUUGAAUAUCAUGGCUUCGAAAAGUGUGCUGAUCACCGGGUGCUCUCCAGGCGGCAUUGGGCAUGCUCUUGCGCGCGAAUUCAAAUCCAAGGGCUUGCGGGUGUUCGCCACGGCAAGGAAGACCGAAACCAUUUCCGAUUUGGCCGCUCUCGGCAUCGAGACUCUCUCGCUGGAAGUCACCGAUCAGAGCAGCAUCGAAGCACUACUGGAAGAGAUCAAAACCCGCACUGGCGGCUCUUUGGACAUUCUCGUGAACAAUGCGGGUCGCAACUACACCGUGCCAGCCCUGCAUGUGGAGAUGGAGGAGAUCCGUCAGACCUUUGAGACAAACGUCUUCUCCGUGAUGCGCAUCUGCCAGCUAUUCGCGCCGCUACUCAUCAAUGCCAAAGGCACCAUCGUCCAGAUCGGGAGCGUGGCAGCCAUUAUCCCCUACGUAUUCGGGUCCGUCUACAAUUCGUCCAAGGCGGCUUUGCACGGCUACACCACCACGUUACGGGUAGAGCUUGCGCAAUUCGACGUCCGAGUCGUGACCGUAGUCACCGGUGGCGUGAAGAGCAACAUUGCACGCACUAACCGCUCGCUUCCCGAAGACUCCAUCUAUCUACCAAUUGAGACAGAGUAUGCCGAGCGACUUAAGCACAGUCAAACGGCAGGUAUUCCCAACGAGCAGUACGCUCGUUCAGUGGUCAGCCAAGUGCUCUACAAGCCACGCAAGGAUACUAUUUGGGAAGGUGGCAUGUCCACCGUCGUAUGGUUCGCAAAUUCGUUUUUCCCGCGAUGGGUCAUGGACUACGUUGUGACUCGCAUGUUCAAGUUGUAUAAGUUGCGCGGAACUUAUACAAAGAAGACCAACUGAGUUUCGAAUGUCUCCAUAAGCACAGCUAUACUUACUUUGCUGUCCCGAAAGCUGGGCUCAUUGCCAAAACCGCGUCGUCGGCGUUGUGAGAGGCAAAAUAUUUGAUAAUGCAUCGAACGUAUCGGAAAGCGUGAGAAUGAAAGCGCGAGAUGGAGGAGCGCAAACCUUGUAUUGCUGUCAUAUCAUGUUGUUAUACAUCAUUUCUUGCCGGGCCAAAUGUCUUUGACCGCAGAAAUGAUCGAUCCCGACUUCUUUUGGUCCCCUUCGGAUGAAGCAGGGCCCAGGUCUCCCAAUCUUGACUCACUCUCCGACGCCGCUUCUGCUGUCCGUCUCUCCUCCUCGGCGACCUUCUGUUUGUCCACUCGUCGACCCUCCAUGAGCUUCUUGCGCACUGCCCGAAGCUCUUGCUCUUCCUCCUCUCGAAUCUCCAACUCCUUCAACCAUGCCUCGUGCUGCUCCUUC